AUGUAAGUCUAACCAACUAUUAAAAGCUUAAUAUAGAAAGCUACGUUUAGAAAUGAAGCUGGGAAAAAAUAUGAUACAUUAAAUGAGAGGAAUAGUACAGGGGGUGAGAAAUUCGGAAUGAAAGGAGAUGAAAUCAUUCUAAAUAAGAGUUAUAAUCAAGAUUCGGUAUUCACAAGCAAACUUAAUAAUAGCUAUGGUGUCAAGCGGCCAUAGACUGAAAACUCCUAGCAAGUCAUGAUGUCAAAGAUAAAAAGAGAGAUAGAAGAAAGACAAACCCACAGCCCCGAUAGAAGGAAAAGAAGAUAGGCUCUAUCUUAAAAUAGAAAGACAACUACUGUCAAAUCUCAGAGAAUAAAAAACUAUAAAUAUGAUACAGUCUCAACUUUACAUAAUGAGUAUACAUCACCAUCAGCUUUAAGAGAAAGCUACAAUUUCAGUCUUGGAAUAACAGAUGGCCAACAAUCUUUGUCUUAAAUUGAUAUAGAUGUAAACUGUUCAUCAGAAAGAGGAACAGCAGAAAUUAUAUCUCGGAAUCAGAAAAGAGCGAAACUUGCUUAUAACAAUCGUAACCCUAGCUAAACUGUAUUGAUUAACUAGUCAAUAGCUAAGACUAGCACAUCCCAGACCAUUCAAAGAGGAAAAUUGAAACGACCACAAAGUAACAUGGGUAGAAUUGAAGAAGUUGACAAUGGCUAAUUGAACAUGAGUGGGGCAUAGCAUAAAUUUAUCAAUCCCUAUUCUUCAUUUGAGGCUUCCCCUUCAAUUCUUGCUAGUGCAAAUAUCAAUAGCUCAUUAACAACCAUAAAUAAUACGAAGUUUAAGUCUAAAAUUAACAAUAAUAGAGUGUCCUAUGUAAAUGGGAACAUCAGUUCCAACAAAAUUGACCUAAUUUAAUCACAAGCCAAUCAGAGCUUUAACACUACAUUUGUUGAUAGAAGGACAAGGAAUAGCUCUUAUGGAGGCAACUCAUAAAUCCUAGAUAUUUUAAAGGAAUCUUGCUAUUCAACAAAGAAGAGUUCAGCUGUAGUUAAGAUAGAUAUGAGAAAUACAGACAAAGUCUAAUGUCUCAAUGAAAAUGAAAUUCUCAGAAUAUUCUAGGCAAGAAAUCUAGAUCUAGGAUUGAGUUUCUUUGAUUAGCAAUAUUAAAGAUUCAAGGAUUAUUGCUAGAAGACUUGCAUUAAUAGAAAGAUCAAGCUCAUGGAUCUUGGAAUGGGAGUCAAUGCUGCCAUAGAAUUAAGCUAAAUAAUAGCAGUGAAUUAAAACAUUGUCCACCUAGACUUAAAGAAAAACUUGUUAGGAGAUGAAGGUUGUAAAAUACUAAUUAAAGCUGUUUCUAAGAGCAAGAGUUUAGUGCAUCUUGAUCUCUCUUCAAACCAAAUCACUCAUAAGGGAGCUAAAAAGAUUUUCACUCAUUUAAUUCCAAACAGCUCUCUUAUCUCUCUGAAACUUGGCAGCAUCGAUGGAGUAAAUAAGAACAAAGUCGGCUAGAAAGGCAUUGUUCAUCUAGUGAAUUUACUCUAAUUCUCUAAAUUCCUGCAAUUCCUUGAUCUUAGGUGCAAUAUACUCUCAGAUAACGGAAUAAUAUCACUUUGUGAUGCAAUAUUCUAAAACAAAACCUUAGUUAGUCUAAAUCUAGCCAGCAAUGAAAUAACAUCUUAUGGCAUGGAUAGACUAAAAGACACUCUACUUAGUACUGAGAUCAAAGAACUCGACCUUAGCGGCAAUCCAUUAGGCAACCAAGGAAUUGAGUACCUUAGUCACUACAUUCAUAACAACAAUUGCUAUUUGGAAAGAUUAAAUGUCUCUGAGUGCAAGUUCUAAUCGCCUGGAUCAGUAUUAUUGUUCUAAGCAGUGAGAAAAAGUUCGAUGAUGAAACACCUAAGUUUGGACAAAAAUGAUAUCAGAUCAAGAAGUACUUCCUAUCUUACAACUGGAAUAUAUCAUGGUCUUGUUUACCUUAGUAUGAACAGGUGUAAUUUAGGAGAUGAUGGAGGUAUAUCAGUGGCUGAGGGAUUAUCCAGAAGUAAGCAGUUAAAGUAUAUGUUCCUCCAAUAUAACUCACUCAGUGACGAAGCAGCUAAGACCUUUUCUGAGGCAUUAAUAAAGUCAAGUAUCAAUAUUGAGCAUUUGGAUCUUUCUCAUAAUAAAAUUAAUGAUGCUGGUGGGGAAUUGAUUGCUAUGUCUAUGUCACAAAAUAAAUCGCUUUCCAAGUUGAAUCUUAAAAGGAAUAACUUGAAGAUAACCAGCGGGGCUAUGUUUGCUAAAUCUGUGAAAUCUAAUAAGUAAAUCCAGUACUUAAAUUUAGAUGGAAAUUCUGUUAACAUAAAUUUCAUAGAAGAAAUAGCAGAGAUUCUACUUUAAAAUAUGAUAAGAGCAUCAAAGAAUAAAAUUCCAUAGUAUAAAUCUGAAGUAGUCUAAUUAAAACUUGACCAUGAAAAAGGAUUCUCAACUACCUAAAAUGAUAUUUAGAAUUGCAAAAAGAAUAAGUUGACCAUACUUGAGGAUAUUAAAAGAAAACAAAGUUAAUACGAGGUUGUUCGAGAGGACGAAAAGUAUAAAAAUGAUGAAAUAGAAGAGGAGAAGAAGCUAGUUGAUAAAAAGUAUUAAGAGUUCCAGAAUUAUUACAUUGAUGAAGAGUAAAAGAUAAAGGCUAAGCAAGAGGCGAAAGAAUAAGAACUAUAGCUUUUAUAAAAAUGGGUUACGAAGUAGCAGGACAUCAAUUACAAUACUGUAGAAACUAUCAAGGAAACAAAAAUAGCUAUAUAAAGAUUAAGGAAGGAGUAGUAUGAGGAGAGGUUAAAGAUGGAGCAAACUUUGAUUCUUGAAGAAACUAGUGUAAUAAAAGCAGAAAAGCAAUAUAAUGCAGUCAAGAUUGAGCAUAGUAAGUACGCUCCAUAAUUAGAAAAUAAUGUGGUGGAAGAGCAUUUAUAAGCUGAUGAAAGAUUCGAUACAGACACUAAUAAUGACACUACAAGUCAUUUUGAUCAUCAUUUUGAGACUAACAGUAAAAAUGGAGGGGACAAGCAUAGGAAAUCAAAGUCAAAGACUGGCACUAGUGGAGUUAAGUAGAAGAAAAAUAAAUGA